UGCGUGUAAACGGGCACGGGCACUGUCUUGUGUGAGCAAAGGUGGAGACGAAUCUCGAGAAAACAUUACGAUUGGAAGGAAUGUAAAACCAUUUAGAAGUUACUUAAAUAUUUUAUAAUUUAGAAUUACUCAACAUAUAUAAAUAUAUUCGGAAAAAUGUCAAGAAAGAACACAAUAGGACCGGAAUACUUCCGGAUGCGUGAUGAUGAACGCCUCAUGCGGACUCACGAGGCUAUGGUCGAUUUUAUCAAAGAUAGACCUACAAACCGCAGCUUCUUAGAUGCUUUAAGUUUUGGUUAUCAAUUUGUUCCAGAACUGGACCGCUUUGCAUCUCAAUUUACAAGAUAUGAAGAUUCAUCUGAUGAGGAUUAUUAUGAUUAUGAUGACGAUAACGAUAAGUAUGAUGUCCAUACAAACAACAGAUACUGUGGCUUUUCUCAAAACUUCCUUGAUAGAGGCCUGCCAAAACCAUCCAAACGCAUAACAGCUGAGGAAGCAGAAAAAAAUGCAAAAGAGCUAGUGGAUGAAGAAGAAAAACUUAAGAAAAAGGCAGAGAAGAAGAAACAGAAAAAGAUGAGACAGAAAGAGAGGCGUCGGCUGGAAAAAUUAGAGAAGGAAAAUGCAGAUAAAGAAAAAAAUAAACUGGUACAAGUUGACCCUGGACCAGAAAAGACUAAACAUGCAGAUAAAGAUGAAAAUGAAAAUAAAAUUAAAAACAAAAAUUGUUCAUCUGUGACUUCUGGUCCUCAACACACCUCAAAACCUGUGGAGAGCAGUGAUAGCAGUAAUGACGAUGAAGACGACGACGAAGAGGAAGAGUCAACUAUGGAACCAGAGGAGCUUGACAUGAAUAGCUGCUUUGUGUCAAACGCAGCUGCUAUCGCCAAGCGUAAACUAGAACAAAAACCCAAACCUGACAAGAAAUAUGUUCAAGCUAACUCAAGAAAACAGCGUGGGUCGGAGCAGAAAGGCACCACUACACCACAAAAACCGGUUGGAAAGGAUGAUAUAAGAGGACAUAUUGAUAACAACAAGGAGGAGGAGAAGUCAGAGGAGACUGUCAAUGCAAAUUAUUUUAUUACAAGAAGCGUGGAGCUUGCAGUUUUAGGUAACCAGUAUGCUGACGCAGGAAACCUGGUGAUGGCUGUGAAAUAUUUUACAGAUGCUAUAAAACACAACCCUAAAGAGUAUAAGUUGUUUGGAAAUCGUUCUUACUGCUAUGAAAAGAUGCUGGAGUAUGAGAAAGCUUUAACUGAUGCUGAUAUUGCUCUUUCUAUGAACCCCAAAUGGAUUAAAGGGCUUUACAGAAAAGGCAAAGCGCUGGUUGGUUUGAAGAGAUAUUUUGAAGCCAGACUUACAUAUAAUGAAGUGUUAAAACUGGACAGUGGCAGCUUCAUUGAACAGAAGGAGGCAGCUGAGGAGUUGAUGAGGGUCCAGAUCAUGCAGCUUAUGGAAAUGGGAUUCACCAAAGAGCAGAGUUCAAAUGCCCUUAUUCUUCAUGGAACUGUAGAAAAAGCCUUAGAAGCUCUCUCUGGGAUACCAGGUUUAGCCCCUGUCGUGGUUCCCACAGAAAAUGAGUUUAAGUCUGUAGAGCGUCACCCAAAACCUCCAGCUAAAUUGCCUCUCAGACCUCUUCCUCAGAAUCAGCCUCGACCCAGUAUGCCACUCGCUGCUCCAGUUCGUCAUCAUGCCCCAGAGCUAUUCCCUAUCUGGGUUGGAGAUCUAGUGCCUUCUGUAACUGAGGCUAAGCUUUAUUCCCUAUUCAGCUUAGCUGGACAUGUCCAUAGUGUCAGAGUGUUACAAAUGAGACGCUGUGCGUUUGUUAACUACACCAAGAAGGAAGACUCUGAGAAAGCCAUAAAAGACUUUCAUGGUUAUCCCAUUGAGGGGACAACUCUAGUGGUGCGUUAUCCUGAUAGGAUUCACACGCGUCUUGGAGUGUCCAGAGAUGCAUCUACAGAGUCAGGGAAGAUUGACAAACAACCUGAUGAAUGCUAUUUUUGGAGGACAACUGGCUGCUUAAAGAAUGAUCGCUGCACUUACAAGCAUAUUCCAGAAAACAAGGGCAUUGAGCGACAUAACGCCAAAUCACACCCCUGAUUCACAGCACACUGACAGAGGGAUUUCAGCAUCUCAAAAUCAGUGUAAUUAAUUGGAUGCAGUAAAAAAAUUCACAUGCAUAAAACAUCCUGGGGCUUUAGUGUUUGGUCAUUCAUCUGAAUGUUUCGUAAUUUUUGUUUAAAAUAGUUCAAGUCUUACUAUCAGUCUAUACACAAGUUAAAGAGAGUUUGAGUUUGGACAAAUGGGUAUGAUGGCUGCGAUUUUAAUCAACUUAAUUUGUCUCACAAAAUAAUACAUUCCCUUUUAAUUCAGUUAUUGGUUUUAAUAUUUUGCAAGAUAGUGGCAUGAAGCUUUAUAUAAUUAAGGCUGUCAAAAGUUUAAUGAAUGGUCACCGCAAAAGUAUUUUAUUAUUUUUUUUACUAUUGGGAAAAGUAUUUGGCUUAUGACCCAGUCUGUGGGUGGGUUUCAAACCAUAAGUAUUGUUUCUAUCUGAGAGCUUUUAUUUGGACUUCUAAUUUGCAGGUUUUAACCUGCUUCUGUAAAAGUUGAAAUGUGUCUCAAAUUGAAUUCAAGUCUCUCAAAACACCUGUGCCACAAACGAUUUGGCGUAAACAAUGGAAAAGUUUGCAAUAAAUUGUAAUUGUACUUGGAAUAUUUAGUUGCACAAUGGAAAUAGGCUCUGUGAUACAAUAAAAUGUGUCCUGAAAAUUGGAAAA